AUGGUGCUGGUUCCUAUUAAAGAAUAUCCAGAUAUGUUCCGGGUGAACAAGUCAAAAGAACAAGAACUAACACCCGGAAACUAUGUUCGUAUCAAGCGAGGAAAGUACAUGGGAGACCUGGCUAUUGUGGAGAAUCUCAGUGAAAACGGGCUUGAAGCGCGACUCAAGGUCGUACCAAGAUUAGAUUACGGUAAAUCAGCGUCGGUGAUUGAUUCAGAUGCUUUGAAGAGAAAAAGAGGCGGGUUUGGCGGAGCAGCAGCAGCCAAGGCCCGGCCUCCUCCUCGGCUGUUUUCAGCCACUGAAGCAUCUCAGUACGACCAGAGAAACCUGCAAAGAAGAGGCGCCAACUCGUUUUCGUAUGCUGGUGAAGACUAUGAAAAUGGUUAUUUAUUAAAAGAUUUCAAAAUCUCGUUUCUGACUACCGACAAUGUCAAUCCUCGUCUGGAAGAACUGACUCGAUUCAAUAAUGCCAGUGAAGAGGGAAUUGAUUUGCUGGCUCUGUCUCAGAGCAUGAAAAAGUCUGCUUUGGCUACUGGAUCGAAUUUCCAGCCUGGUGAGCAUGUCGAGGUUCAUAGUGGAGAACAAGCUGGUAUGCAGGGUAAAGUGAUAGAUGUCACUGGAGAUAUUGUCACUAUUGUAGGUACCGGCCAGUUACUGAAAGACGAGAAAUUCGAGGUGCCUAUUUCGACUCUUCGUAAACGAUUCUCGGUAGGAGACCACGUACGAGUUAUCAACGGUAAUUAUAAAGAUGAUACUGGUAUGGUUGUAAAGAUCUCGUUACGAGACAACAGCGUCACUUUAUUAAGUGAUCUGUCACAAGAAGAAAUUACCGUAUUUUCUAAAGACUUGAAAGCAGCGUCGGAUAUUGGAGGAUCCAAUGUUCUAGGUAAGUUUGAAUUGUACGAUUUGGUGCAGUUGAAUGCACAAGCAGUCGGCUGUAUUGUGAACAUUGAGCGAGAAUCGGUACAAGUUCUUGACCAGGACGGACAAAUCAGAACAUUACCACCCAGUUCUAUUAUCAUGAAAGUGAUUAAAGACCAACGAUCACGGUUUGCUACGGAUCGUAACGGACGAGAGAUCCGCGAGGGCGAUACUGUUCGUGAAGUAUCAGGAGAAGGUCGUCAGGGUAAAGUGCUUCAUAUUCACCGAUUGUAUAUAUUUUUGCAUGACCGAGACAUUGCUGAGAACCUGGGUGUUUUUGUUAGCAAAAUCGGCAAUGUUCAGACCGUGUCGACCAAAGGAGCUCGAGAUGAAGCUCAGCCUGGCAUGGUGGAUCUCAAUAAAAUGAACCCCGAAGUUCGUGGUAUGGGCCCACCUCAAGUCCAUCGUGCUACUAGAGGAAACAUCCCACGAAACAGAGUCAUUGGCAAGCGAGUGACUAUUGGCCGAGGAUCUCAAUACAAGGGAUUCAGCGGUCUUAUCAAGGACUUCAACGAUAAUAUGGCGCGGAUCGAGCUCGACGCUAAAAAUAAAGUCGUCACUGUCGAUAUCGAGAAACUGCUAUUUGACAAUCCCAAUGGCUCGGGAAAACUGUCGUAUUUGGACGCAUUAUUUCCCGGACGUGGAAUGGGAGGAGGUCCCGGCGGUCCUGGUGGGUUCCGAGGAGGUCCUGGUGGACCCCGUGGUGGUUAUAAUGGCGGACCAGGAGGUCCUGGUGGUCCUGGCGGAUAUAAUGGAGGACCUGGUGGACCUGGUGGAUUUAAUGGAGGUCCUGGCGGACCAGGAGGGCCUAUUUCAGGUGGAGCUACCCCUGGAUGGGCUGGUUCCAAGACUCCAUCGUGGUCAGGAGGAGCUCGAACACCUGCCUGGGCAGGUGGUGCUGGAAAUAAAACACCAGCAUGGGCUGGAGGGGCAGGAGGAAACAAGACUCCCGCAUGGAAUUCUGGGUCUCGAACUCCUGCCUGGAAUGCUGGAGGAAGAACACCCGGAUACAGUGGGGGAGAUGGAGGACGAACACCUGCCUGGAAUGCCGGAUCCUCGACCCCUGGUUGGGAUCUCGGCAAUAGUUCCAGUAACAAUCUUGGAUCUUCAUCCUCGUCUUCAUCGUCGUUUGCCAAUCCACCAUCCUCACGAUACAGCGACAGCAAUCCAGCCCGCAGCGGUGGCAUUCUCUACAACUCGGCACCAACCCCAGGAUUCGCAGCAUCCACUCCCGGAGCACUCAGCGCCCCGACCCCUGCUCCCUACCGCGACGACCUAGCACCCACUCCCGGAGCACCAACCCCCGGUCCACUUGGCGCCCCGACCCCCGCACCCUUCGGAGCACCCACUCCGGGCCCCAUUGGCGCACCUACGCCCGGUGCCUGGGGCAUCGACGACGGCGAGACCCCCAAAUACGAGGCCGACACCCCCUAA